AUGCGUAUCUCAUCAGCACUCAGCAUCGCAGCAUCAUUGGGCUGUGUAGCUGCUCAAAAUCCCAUUGUGGGGUUCAACUCUGGCGCCUCCGACGACCAGGGUAAUCCUAAGACACAGGAAGACUUCGAGCGUGAGUUCAGAACUGCGCAGAAUCUGGAAGGUGCACCUGAUGGAAUUAACACCAUCCGCUUGUAUUCCAAUGUCCAAUGGGAAACCCAGGAUACACCAAUCACUGCAUUAUCGGCUGCAGUUGCGACGAACACAAGCCUUCUUCUAGGUAUCUGGGCUUCGGGGACCGACAGGAUUGAUAAUGAACUCAAUGCACUUGAAGCAGCUCUUGAAGAGCAUGGCUCAGAUCUGGCGGAUCUGGUCGUGGGUAUCUCUGUGGGUAGCGAGGACCUCUAUCGAGCCUCAAAAUCUGGUGAGAGGAAUGACGCCGGAAUCGGAAACGGACCGGAUACCAUCGUGCGCUUCAUCAGGGAGGCUCGCGCGCGUCUGAACAACACGGCGCUCGCAGACAAGCCUUACACUCACGUCGACGCCUGGGACGCCUGGGUGAACAGCUCCAACGCCGCGGUUGUUGAUGAGGUCGAUUUCGUUUCCGUCAACAUCUUUCCUUUCUAUGUGGACCCUGUCGACAACAGCAUUGAGAAUGCAGCUGCUAUUUUCAAUGGCGCCUUGACUGCCACAGAGCGUGCUGUUGGCGACAAAGACGUUUGGAUCACAGAAACUGGUUGGCCAUACAGUGGCCCAGCGUGGGCUAAAGCUGAGUCUACUGUCGACAAUGCUGCUACAUAUUGGCGAGAAAUCGGUUGCCGACUCUUUGGUAGAGAAAACGUCUUUUGGUACACCCUUCGCGAUGCCAAUCCAGCGAACGAAGUCAAGUUCGCCGUCACCGACGAUCUAAGCACCACUCCUCGCUGGAACCUCACCUGCCCUGCAGGCAGCGCGAACUCUUCAUUCCCUGCUCCCAUCGACGUUGUAUCAGCCGUCAACAAUGCUACUGCGACUGGUGCAGGGACCUUUACUUCCGUGUCGUGGAUCAACUCAAUCGCUAUGGCAAUAUCUAUGCUCGGUGCUCUUGCCGCUUGA